AUGCCUGGUGCUUUACAAGACCACAAACCGCAAGCGCAGUUGGCGCUGUUGCCGCUGACCUUCUACUCGCAGAUGGCCCUCGCCCCCGAAGAGGCCGACUGGGUGUUCAGCAACGUCACCACUACUGCCGAGCUUCUCCGCGACCAGUUGCCCCUCAAAAACGAGUGGAUCCAGGCGCUGGUCCCGUUGGAGGGCAGCGCUACUCCCGGUUACUCGAAAGUGUACCGCAACAAGGGGUUCCCCAACCACUUGAAGAAGACGCUUAUUGAAGGCAUCGACACCUACCACCAGUACUUUGAGGCCCUGGUGGCGCUGAACCGCGAGCAGAGAUGCUUUGGCUACCGCGUCGGCCCCACUGACCCUACUUACCACUAUUUAACUUAUGGCGAAGUCCAGCAAUUAAGAGACCAGUUGGGCAGCGGGUUGUUGCACUUGCUUAAAGCCAACCCUUACAAGCAGCUGGCCGCUUACGACGCCCACCGCAAGAUCGACACCCACGAGAAGGAGUACCCUAACUUCUACCGCGACCAGAAGCACUCGUUCUGCGUGGGUCUCUACCUGACCAACCGCUACGAGUGGGUGACCACCGACUUGAUGUGCCUGGCGUUUUCGAUCACCAACACCGCUCUUUACGACACGUUGGGCGUCACGGCGCUGGAGUUCAUUUUGGCCACCACCGAGUGUCCCGUGGUGUUCGCUCUGGGCAACCACAUCCGCCGCUUAGCCACUUUAAAGCAACAGAACCCGCAGAAGUUGGGCCAGUUGAUCCAGAUCGUCCUGUUUGACCCCAUCACCGACCCCCAAGUGGUCGAGUUUGCCGCGCAAAACAAGAUCCAGGUGGUCAGCUUUGACGACGUCGUUGCCGCCGGUAAGGCCCACCCCGGCCCCACCAUGCCCUCUCACCCCGACACCAUCUACACCAUUCUGUUCACUUCGGGCACUACUGGUACCCCCAAGGGUGUCAUCUCGUUGCAACUGGGCGCCGCCGCCGGGAUCACGUUCAACAUGACGGACAUCCCCACCAAGCAAGGGUGGAGAUACUUCUCGUUCUUGCCCCUUGCCCACAUCAUGGAGCGGCAGACGAUGGCUGGCGCCCUUGCCGCUGGCGGCGUCAUUGGCUUCCCCCCCAACGGCUACACCCCCGCUAACUACUUCCAGUACGUCAAGGAGUGGAAGCCCCACGUGUUGGCCAACGUCCCCCGCAUUUGGAACAAGUUGGAGGCUCUGAUCAAGAAGCUCACCACCGAGAAUCUGAGACCCGAAGUGAGAGAGGCGUGGGAAUUGCUCAUUCUCCAACGCAAGCGGGGCCGCGGGCCCUUGAACUACCAAGCCGAGUUGUUUGAGACGUCGAUCACUAAGCUCUUGCGCCGCUUCUACGGGUUCGACAACCUCCAGUACCUCAUCACCGGCGCCGCUCCGUUGUCGCUGGAAACCAUCGAGUUCUUGCGGUGCACCUUGGACAUCGGCAUGGCGCUGGGCAUGGGCAUGACCGAGCUGUUCGGCGGCUUCGCCAUGACCAACCCGUGGUUGCGUCCCAAGAAGGGCAAGCCGUACUCGGUGGGGCUGUGCUCCGUCGCCUGUGAGUGGAGAUUGCGGGAAAUCCCCGGUAUCGACACCAAGCACGACUUGGGCCAGCGCGGCGAAUUGCAAAUCAGAGGGCCCCAAGUGUUCUGUGGCUACUACAAGAACCCCGAGGAAACGCAAAAGGCGUUCGACAACGGCUGGUUCAGCACCGGUGACGUCGGGGCCAUCGACGAAGACGGCAUGUUGUACAUCAUCGACCGCAUCAAGCUGUACCUGAAGUUGUCCCAAGGGGAAUUUGUCGCCCCAGAGAAGAUUGAAACCGCCUACCUUGGUGGCAACGCCGUGUUGACCCACUGCUACGUCCACGGCGACUCUCGCGCCGACUUCAUCGUUGGUGUUGUCGGCAUGGCCCCCAAGGAUGUCGCCCGCUUUGUCACCAAGCACCUUGGCCGUGACGUUUCCGAAGAGGAAGCCGUCAAGCUUGUCAACCGGUUCGAUGUCAAGCUGGCGUUGUUGCGCCAAUUGAACCAGCCCAUGGGCGAAUUGUGCGGGUUUGAAAAGCUCCACAACAUCGUCGUUGCCCAGGACCCCUUGGACGGGUGCAUGACCCCCUCGCUCAAGUUGCAACGGCCCAAGGCGUUUGCCAAGUGGGAACCGCAAAUCUUGGACAUGUACUCCGAGGGCUCGUUGUUGAAGCCCGCGAAGUUGUGA